GCUGCGGAGCCGUGAGUUGUCGAGUGAUGACGUAGAAAGACAAAAAAGCGUCCGUUACCGGGAGGAAGAGGGCAAGCGUCCUGCACGAGGACAGGUGAAUCACCAUGACGAUGGAGACAGGUGAGCCACAGGAAGCCCUGCCCAAAGAGGCGGAGUCUUUUCCUGAAGCCACCGCCCACUCCACACCUAAACAGGGAGGGGGGGGCACGCUACCUCAGAGCCAAGCUCAAAGCUCAUUGGCUGAGGACUCGACCAGUCACCUGUCAUCCAGCAGUCGCAUCGUUCGCUCUCCAGCCAGAACUCUGAGCUUCAGAAGCAUGCAGACCAAAGUGACCCUACUGGACGGCUCGCUCUUCACCUGCAUCAUAGAGAAACGAGCUCGAGGUCAGCAGCUCAUUGACCGAGUGUGUGAACACAUCAACCUGCUGGAGAGAGACUACUUCUGUCUGUCCUUCAGAGACGCGGACAACAACAAGAACUGGUUGGAUCCUAUGAAGGAGAUGAAGAAGCAGGUCAGAGGCGUUCCCUGGAACUUCUCCUUCAAUGUGAAGUUUUACCCUCCUAACCCGACUCAGCUGUCUGAGGACAUCACCAGGUACUUCCUGUGUCUUCAGCUCAGACAGGAUAUAGUUUCUGGACGUCUUCCAUGUUCGUUCGCAACGCACACAGUCCUUGGCUCCUACACCAUCCAAUCAGAGCUUGGAGACUAUGAUCCUGAUGAGUGUGGUUCAGAUUACGUCAGUGAGCUGUGUUUCGCACCAAAUCAAACUAAAGAGAUGGAGGAGAAGAUCAUGGAACUGCACCGAACACACAGAGGAAUGACUCCGGCUGAGGCAGAGAUGUACUUUUUGGACAACGUUAAGAAACUUUCAAUGUAUGGAGUCGACCUUCAUCACGCCAGGAUGGUAGGAAGUCGCUCUGAUUGCUUCCCUUCAGCUCAGUCAGAGGACUCGGAGGGCGUGGCCAUCAUGCUUGGAGUGUGCAGUAGUGGCCUGCUGGUCUACAGAGACAGAUUGAGGAUCAACAGAUUCUCGUGGCCAAAGAUCCUGAAAAUCUCGUACAAAAGGAAUAACUUCUACAUCAAGAUCCGCCCGGGGGAGUUUGACCAGUUUGAGUCCACGAUUGGUUUCAAGCUGCUGAACCACAGAGCAGCUAAACGUCUUUGGAAGGUGUGUGUGGAGCACCACUCCUUCUUCAGGUUGCUGUCUCCAGAGGAGACCCCAAAGAAGACACUAUCUCUUGGCUCAAAGUUUCGUUAUAGCGGUCGGACUCAGAUCCAGAGCCGCAGAGCAAGUGCUCAGAUCUCCAGACCUGCACCGCAUUUCCCACGAUGCAUCAGUAAGAGGAACAUGCUAAGCCGCAGCCUGGAUGGAGCUUCUAGGGUCACGCCCACAUCCUCUCUGAUUGGCUCUCCGGCCUCAUCAUCCCUCAAAGCCAAUGGUGGUUCUCACACAGAUAUGGGCACAGGGCUAUAUGGAGCAUCUAAAGCCAUCGCCGUCAGUGACCUCAUCACCUCAGUGACCCCUGAAAGAAGAACAGAAGAGAGGGCGGAGCAAGUGGAGGGGGUUCUGGUGGUGCAGGAGAAGAUGGUGGAUCAAGAGGAAGAGCAGGAUGAACAGGAGCAGCUGGAGGAGGAGCAGCAGAGUCCUCCAACUCCUCAGAAACAGGAAACAAAGACUGAGCUGACUGACACGGCCGUGGAGGGAGAGCUGACAGAGUCGGAUCAGGAUGAAGAUUUAAAGACACAGGAGACGUUGGGGAGUCCGGAGGAGGAGCAGAAACCCGAGACCACUAUCAGCGCUCUGAGACGCUCCUUCUUAGAGGGAGGGGGGGGAGACGGGGGAGACGGGGGGGCGAUGACAGAGUGGGACAAACGCCUCGCCUCCUCACCUCUACGACGAGUUGAUGACGCCCCGAUGAUCGAACCACUGGAACCAGAAGAGGUGGGCGGGGUCAUAUCAAGCCAAUGUUCUCCUCAGCCAAUGAGAGAGAAGAGCUACACUGUGGGGCGGAGCUAUGACACUGCCUCUGGUAGGGUCAUCACCAUGUUGUCCUGUGACUCCAAUGUAACCAUGACAACGGGAAGUAUUGCGAUGGCAAAGCAGUUCACAAUCAUCCCACUGUCCCCCACUGAUGAUGUCAUCAUAGGAGGACCACUAAUUGCUAUUAAAGAGGUGAAGACACCAACCUCUCCUUCAGAACCGGCGCCGGGGGUCAGUGACAUCAUCAGUGAUGUCAGAGUGUCUGACACCGGAGGAGUUGGAGGUGGAGCCUACCUCUCUGCUCGAAAGUCCCCAUUAGAUGAACUCAACUUAAGCCCCUCCCUCUCUCCAGAUCACCUGACAGGAAGGAUGUCGCCCUCCAUGGUCAGAGUGCCUAAACCUACCCUUGAUGAAAUGUCUCCUGCGCUGAGCGCUCUGCUGAAGUCGGCCAGCGAUCAAAAAACUUUCAGAGAACACAACCUCCUGAAGACGUCGGAGACGGUGGAGACGGUCUUCCUGAUGACUGAGCCAUGUGACCAGGAUCAGCAUAUGGUGGACCAGUCUCAGGUAGCACCAGGAAGUCUUGUUGGUCCGCCCCCUGAAAAGCCCCCACCCCCUCCACCAGGGGCCUGCAUGGAACAUGAUGAUGAUUUCACUGAUGAUUGGGCUGAUAAUGAUGCUAACCAGGUUAACUGUGAAGCAGAUAAACAUGUCAUCACUGAUGAUGAUGUCAGCGAUGACGAGCCUAGUAGCCAGACUAGUGAAGAUGAUGCUAGCUACGCUAGCGAAGAUGCUAUCAGUGUACUAGCACAGGCUGCAGUGGAGGAAGCCAUGGAGGCAGCAGUGAGACAGGAUCAGAGCACAGAGGCUAAUGAUGCUGAACAGAAUAGCAUCAAUGCUAACUUUAUAGUAAGCCACAGUGAGCAGCUGCUACCUAGCAUGGACGCUAACAACAGUCCCAGCACUAGAAUCCAUUCUGCCAUGGUGUCCCGACCCACCUCGAGUCUGUUUCAUCAUUACCAUGAGGAUGAGGAUUCUGACCGUUCAGAGGAGGAGGAGGAGGAGGGGGGUUGGAGCUUUGGAGAAAACUCCCCUCCCCCCUCUGUACCAUGCCCUACCUCCCUCUGCUCGACCAACCAGACACAGCCUUCAGAAAACAGUGAUGAUGAUGACGAAGAUUCAGAACCUCUGCAGGAGGAGGUCCCAGUGAUGAGGAAAACUCUGACCUAUGAAGCUCCGGGGUGUCGGACAGACUCUGAUUCCUCUGCAGGUCUGCUGCUGAGCUCCCAGACCUUCACUGCAGAGACCCCCAACACCAGCACCACUACGCACAUCACCAAGAUGGUUAAAGGAGGAAUUUCAGAAACCCGAAUCGAGAAGAGAAUCGUGAUUUCUGGGGACACAGAAAUCGACCACGACCAGGCUCUUGCAGCGGCGCUCAGCGAGGCGCGGCGGCAGCAUCCUGAGCUGUCCGUCACACGUGUGGUCGUCCAUAAAGAAACCGAAGUGUCACCUGAUCAGGUUAUAGUGACAUCACAGGACUGAUUCUACAGGUGCUGCUGCUUCAUGGGAGUUGUAGUUCAGACUACAACCUAAGACACUAUUUGACCUGUACACAUGCAUGCUCACCUACACACACACACUCACACACACACACACACACACACACACACACACACACACACACAUAAAGAAGCACCUGUCUGUCUGAGAGGUGGGGUCAGUAUUAGCUUCAGUUAGCGUUAGCUUGAUAAUGAGAUUAGAUUUAGUUGAGAGCUUCAUUUGUGAUGUCACACUUAAGACAGAGAUGAACCAAAUGCAGCUGUUUGGUAAACGAGUGUUUGUGAUUGGAGGAAACGGCUUCAUGAAAUAUUCAGGAAACAUUUUUCAUCACUCCAACAGAAGUCAGAAAUGCUAAAUGCUAACAAUGUCAGAACUAACUUUGUAGCAUACCCAUAAUGCAAUAGUUCUGUGCCAUUCUGCCAUCGUGUUGUGAAUCAUUUCUCUCAUGUCUUUUUAGUUGAUUUUUUUGAUUCUGUUUGUUUGUUUGAUCACUGACCACGCCCACAUUGUUAUCCGUUCCCAGAGGUGGGCACAGUUCAUCUGUGAUUCUGUAAACCAUUAAUCCCUUCUAUAUAAAGUGUUGAUCUGACCAUGUAAACCACCUCUUCACAUAUGUUCUUAAUGUAACGGAAACCACAUUUAACGGAAGUUAAAUGUUCUGUUUUUCAUUUUUCAAAUGAAAGUCAACCUCAAAAAUGAAUUCUAAAUUUAACAGCAAACAGAAGUGUGCCCAGCUCUGACCAUUCCUCAUAUUGUAAUAUUCCACUUUGACCACGCCCCCAUGAAACAGCCAACGACCAGAAGAAAACAAGUACCCAUAUAUGGACUGAGCUAGUAGAAAUAAUAUUACAAACAAAUUCAAUGAUUGGACUUCUUUGAAUGUAUUCUCAUAAAUCUGAGUUUGUGACGCUCCUUUUCACAGGUUAGCUUGAUGACACAUUGACCACGCCCCCUCUUAUAAUUAUACACAUUGACCACGCCCCCUCUUAUAAUUAUACACAUUGACCACGCCCCUGGUGUCACUUUUUAAAUAAUCCUGUUUCAUUUUCUUUAUAAUUUCAACCUGACUGAAUGUAACUUCACCCACUGAACCUAAUAAAGAGAAAAUAACCAA